UCUCUUCCCUGACCAGCAUCCAAUGUUUCUGUCCCCUUUCUUGACAGCAGCAUUCUGGGAUGUGUGAAGCCCUGCCUGAGAGUGCUGCCUGCACAGGCAGGGAGGGACUCGGCCCUCAGCUGCUUUGUAACAUUAUGAGAGAGAGAGCAUACUGGGCUGGCCUUUGAUUAUGCCCAUUAGCAAGGGCAUCCACGGGGCAGAAGAGAGAAUUGUGUUUGUAUUGGAGAACUCUGCUGUGAAACUCUUCCUAGCUGGGCAGCUGCCCCCGAAGCUGGUACACCAGCUAUUCGGGGAGGAGGAGAUGAAGAAGCUUCUCCCAGCCGCUCCCCGGGAGCUUUCCCUGCGCCGGCAGCAUCACCCCCUGCUUCCCUUGAUGGAAACAGAAGCAGCCACAUUUGCCUGGGAGUGCCAGGGGGAUGCCACACGCAUGAACUUUUCUGCCAGCCAGGAGGAGAACUGUGGGUCCAGGGAGGCAGGUGAAGAUGAGGCCGAGGAAGCCCAGCUGCCCCCGGAUGGGUUUGCCCAGGUCUCGGACACAUCUGCUCAGAGGAGGGAGCCCGACCCCCUGGCCGCAGAGGACCCCGGUGAGCGGUGCAAGAGCCCCACAGUGCCAAGCAUCGGGGCAGGGCGGAGGCAAGCUGCCGAGGAGCCUGUUCUCCUGAGCGAGCCUUCCUGCCCUGCCAGGCCCAGGGACCAUUCUGCCGACGUUAUUGAUUACAUCGUGGAAGAGCUGCAAGGGAUAAGCCGCAUUCAGACGGAAAUCGCUGAACUGCAGCAGCACCUCGCCUUGGUCAAAGGGUCGGUAGAGGAAGUGUCCAGCUGCGUUGACUCUGUCUUGAGUGAGAUUGAGGGCCUGCAGAGCGCCGGCAGAAUGCCAACAGUGCCGAGAGGCACAGAGCCCUUCCUUGGAGCCCCCACCAAGGAGCCGGCCUUGUAUUUCUAUGGCACCCCUGAGCGGGAGGGGGAGAAUGCAGAGGAGACUGUCCGUAGCUUCCUGUCGGAGUAUCAUUGUUUCAACGGCAUUCAGCGCAGCAAGAACAUCAAGGAGGCUUAUAGAUCUGGAGCAUCAAUGGGGCUUCCACUCACACCUCACCCUGCUGUUGUGAAACCUGCUACUGCUGAACACCAAGAUGUCAUUCUCCAGAAGUCCAUCCUCUUGCAGAAUGCAGGAAUAACCCUUGCUGAGCAGAAUGGCCAAAUGAAUCUUGGCGGACAGCUGGGUGUAUUGCCAUCCUCUGGCCUGAGACCACACCGCUGGGACUUUCUGAACCCUCGGGGAGGAGGAGGAAGGAGUGGAGACGGACGGCUCCAAAAGGACCCUCGCCAGGUUCAGCAUGAAAAGCGAAGCCACGAGAAUCAGCGUGUAGGCGAGAGUGCUAGCUUGCAACAAAAGUCCACAUUAGCUAAGAAGAGCAACUUAAUUUCUGAACUUGAGGAAAAGGUGGGGAGAGUGGUACAAAUCAUCAGCAGUACUGAGCAGACUUUACAUAAAAACCACUCUCCCACCUGUGUCUCAGAAGCACCCCACAAGCUGCUGGAAAUCUCUGUAUCAGAAAAACAUGUUGGGAAGUCCUGGCCUUUGGGAGAAUUCUUAAAUCUCAGAGGCCUGGAGCCCGCGCCAGAUGAAGGGCGAGGGCACGGCUUAGAGGCUGAGAAAGUGGCUAAGGACGCCGACACCGCCUCCUCUCCCAUAGUGGAGGGCAAAGCAGGAGGACAGACUCCAGGGGGAAGUGAAACUGACUGUGACGGCACCACUCUUGAGUUCCUCAGCCCUGAGCAAGUAAAUCUCAAGGGGGAGGCACCCCCCAUGGGAGUGAUCAUGCCAGGCUGUGACAGAGCCCUGCACAAGUUAUCUGAGAGCAGCGAAACCCUCAAGGACAUGAUCGAGAUUGAUCUGGAUGAACAAGAUCCCACUGGUCAGGUCUUCAGAGAUGUCUUGGAAAAUUCCCAGUACUUUCUAGAGCAUUCUCAGGAUAACAUUGACCUGGUGGACAUGAGGUUCUAUACCAAUAAACUGGGGAAAGCACUCAGUCACUUCAGGUCUGCCCUGCAGGUGGUCUUCCACAAGCUGGAGGCAGGUGACUCUGGGGCUGCCCCUGGGAGUGACCACAGCUUCCCCACAGCAAGCGAGCCAGCGUCAGACGUGCGCACCAGCACAGAGACCUUUGCCGAGAGCCCCCCCAGCCUGUCUUCCGAGAGCCAAGCGAAUACUGCCCUGAGCAGCGACAGUGUGGGCCUCCCGCAAAGCACCCCCCAGAGCGCUUCCCCACCUGUGGACGAGGCUCCUGACCCAGCUGUGGCACCCCCCUCUGAUUCCGGGAGCUGUGUGGAUCAGCCCCUCACCACUGAGCGUUCCCAGCAAGACCCCAAUUCUGGCCCUGCGGAGCCCAGCGGGCAUAGACCCGUGAGCCUUGAGAAGGUGUGUGCGGAGACCAUUUACUUGAGCAAAUGCAUCAACAACUUCAAAAACGUCCUAAGGGAGAAAAGACAAAUGCGCCGAAGGUUUUUGAAGGAGCUGGCCCAGGAGGCGAGUUGGACCUCUGCCGAGGAGAUUCCUGCAGAAAGAAGUAGAGGAGAACUUCAGGGUCAGGAUGAUGGCGAUCCCUCAAAGUCACCAUGGUUCAAAGGAGGGCCAGCCUGUGGCCUUUAUGGCAUUGACAGCAUGCCUGACCUGCGCCAGAAGAAGCCCCUUCCACUCGUCAGUGAUCUGUCGCUGGUGCAGUCGCGGAAGGCAGGCAUUACCUCGGCCAUGGCGACCCGGACGUCCCUCAAGGAUGAAGAGCUGAAAUCGCAUGUGUACAAGAAGACCCUCCAGGCCUUAAUCUACCCCAUCUCCUGCACCACUCCCCACAAGUUUGAGGUGUGGACCGCCACAACCCCCACCUACUGCUACGAGUGCGAGGGGCUUCUAUGGGGCAUUGCACGCCAAGGGAUGCGCUGCACGGAAUGUGGGGUCAAGUGCCACGAAAAGUGCCAAGACCUGCUCAAUGCUGACUGCCUGCAGAGAGCAGCAGAGAAGAGCUCCAAGCACGGGGCUGAAGAUCGCACCCAGAACAUCAUCAUGGCUAUGAAGGACCGCAUGAAGAUCCGAGAGCGGAACAAGCCAGAGAUCUUUGACCUGAUCCGAGACGUCUUCGGCGAGAGCAAGAUGGCCCAUGCGCAGCAGAUAAAAGUGGUGAAGCAGAGUGUCCUGGAUGGGACCUCCAAGUGGUCGGCCAAGAUUACCAUCACAGUGGUCUGUGCCCAAGGCCUGCAAGCCAAGGACAAGACCGGCUCCAGCGAUCCGUACGUGACUGUUCAAGUGGGAAAAACAAAGAAGAGAACCAAGACCAUUUUUGGGAACCUGAACCCCAUUUGGGAAGAGAAAUUCCACUUUGAAUGCCACAACUCCUCGGAUCGAAUCAAAGUGCGGGUCUGGGAUGAAGACGACGACAUCAAGUCCCGGGUCAAGCAGCGGCUGAAGCGGGAGUCUGACGACUUCUUGGGACAGAGCAUCAUCGAAGUCCGGACGCUGAGCGGGGAGAUGGACGUUUGGUACAACCUUGAAAAACGGACAGACAAAUCUGCUGUGUCUGGUGCCAUUCGACUGCAGAUCAGCGUGGAGAUCAAAGGAGAAGAGAAGGUGGCUCCUUAUCACGUCCAGUACACCUGCCUUCACGAGAACCUCUUCCACCACCUCACGGAUGUCCAAGGAAAUGGGGUGGUGAAGAUUCCUGAUGCCAAAGGCGAUGAUGCCUGGAAGGUUUACUUUGAGGAGACAGGCCAGGAGAUUGUGGAUGAAUUUGCCAUGCGCUACGGGAUUGAGUCCAUCUACCAAGCCAUGACGCAUUUUGCGUGUCUUUCUUCCAAAUACAUGUGUCCCGGAGUGCCAGCCGUUAUGAGCACCUUGCUGGCAAACAUCAAUGCUUACUACGCACACACCACAGCCUCCACCCAUGUCUCCGCCUCCGGUCGGUUCUCUGCUUCAAACUUUGGGAAAGAAAGAUUUGUGAAACUCCUGGACCAGCUGCACAACUCUCUCCGAAUUGACCUGUCGAUGUACAGGAACAACUUUCCCGCCAGCAGCCGUGAGCGCCUGCAGGACCUCAAGUCUACCGUGGACCUGCUGACCAGCAUAACCUUUUUCCGAAUGAAGGUCCAGGAGCUGCAGAGCCCCCCUCGCGCCAGCCAGGUGGUCAAGGGCUGCGUCAAGGCCUGUCUCAACUCCACCUAUGAGUACAUCUUCAACAACUGCCACGAGCUGUAUGGCCGAGACUAUCAGGCAGACCCGAACAAAGCCCCGGGCAUGCCUGCCGAGGAACAAGGCCCCAGCAUCAGGAACCUGGACUUCUGGCCCAAACUCAUCACCCUAAUCGUCUCCAUCGUGGAAGAAGACAAAAACUCCUACACUCCCGUCCUCAACCAGUUUCCACAAGAACUCGCAGUCGGAAAGAUAAGUGCUGAAGUCAUGUGGAAUCUCUUUGCGCAGGAUAUGAAAUACGCCAUGGAAGAGCACGAGAAACACCGGCUGUGCAGGAGUGCGGACUACAUGAAUUUGCACUUCAAAGUGAAGUGGCUUCACAAUGAGUACAUCUGCAGUCUGCAGGCCUUCCAGGGGAUUGUGCCUGAGUACCCAGCGUGGUUUGAGCCAUUUGUGAUGCAGUGGCUGGAUGAGAAUGAAGAUGUAUCCCUGGAAUUCUUGCACGGAGCUCUGGAGCGAGACAAGAAGGAUGGGUUUCAGCAAACAUCUGAGCACGCCCUCUUCUCCUGCUCGGUGGUUGAUAUCUUCACCCAGCUGAAUCAGAGUUUUGAAAUCAUCAAGAAGCUGGAAUGCCCUGAUCCAGCCAUCGUUGCUUGCUACAUGCGGCGUUUUGCCAAGACCAUUGGGAAGGUGCUGGUGCAGUAUGCAGACAUCGUCUCCAGGAGCUUCCAGACCUACUGCUCCAAGGAGAAGGUGCCCUGCGUCCUGAUGAACAACGUCCAGCAACUGAGAGUGCAGCUGGAGAAGAUGUUUGAGGCCAUGGGGGCCAAAGAGCUGGAUCCCGAGGCCAGUGACGCUCUGAAGGAGCUGCAGGUGAAGCUGAACAACGUGCUGGAUGAGCUCAGCGCCACGUUUGGGAACAGUUUCCAGGCGCGCAUUGAGGAGUGCGUGAAGCAGAUGUCAGAGAUCCUGUGCCAGGUGAAAGGGGCUGGGAACACCCCCACCAACGCCGUGGCCCAAGAUGCAGACAACGUCCUGAGGCCGCUGAUGGACUUCCUGGACGGAAACUUGACCCUCUUUGCGGAUGUCUGCGAAAAGACGGUGCUGAAGCGGGUGCUGAAGGACCUUUGGCGGGUCGUGGUGAACACCCUGGAGAAGCUGAUUGUGCUGCCCCCCCUCACGGACCACACGGGGACCCAGCUGAUUUUCAGUGCUGCUAAAGAAUUGGGCCAUUUAUCCAAGCUGAAGGAUCACAUGGUCCGAGAGGAAACGCGGAGCCUCACCCCCAAGCAGUGCGCCGUGCUGGAACUGGCUCUGGACACAAUUAAACAAUACUUCCAUGCCGGGGGAAAUGGCCUGAAGAAGACCUUCCUGGAGAAGAGCUCAGAGCUGCUGUCAUUGCGCUAUGCCCUCUCGCUCUACACCCAGACCACCGACACCCUCAUCAAGACCUUCGUCCAGACCCAGACGGCGCAAGGCUCAGGAGUGGAGGAUCCUGUGGGCGAAGUGUCCAUCCAGGUGGACCUGUACACGCACCCCGGCAGUGGGGAGCACAAAAUCACAGUGAAAGUCGUGGCUGCCAAUGAUCUGAAGUGGCAAACCACUGGCAUGUUUCGCCCCUUUGUGGAGGUCACCAUGAUUGGGCCACACCAAAGUGACAAGAAACGGAGGUUUGCCACCAAAUCCAAGAGCAACAACUGGGCUCCGAAGUACAAUGAAACAUUCCACUUCAUCCUGGGCAAUGAGGACGGGCCAGAUGCCUAUGAGCUGCAGGUCUGUCUGAAGGACUACUGCUUUGCCCGCGAGGACCGAGUCCUGGGCAUCGCCGUGCUGCAGCUCAGGGACGUUGCAGAGAAGGGGAGCUGUGCUUGCUGGUGCCCCCUGGGGCGAAGGGUCCAUAUGGACGAAACGGGGCUUACCGUUCUGAGGAUUCUCUCACAGAGAACCAACGACGAAGUGGCCAAGGAGUUUGUCAAGCUGAAGUCAGAGUCCCGCUCCCCAGAAGAAGGGAGAUGAUCCCAGCAUCCCUCUCACGCUUCUUGGACAAGACAUGCGGAGGAGCACCCCCUUCCCCUUGGGAUCCCGGGAGGAGUUUCGGGUCUCCCGGGAAGCUUUUCCUGCUGGGGAGUCUUCCAGGUGGACCAGGCCUGCUUGGCAUGAAUCCCGCAGGUGGGACCUCCUGGCUCCAGGGGGCUGCCCAAGGAGCAAGAGCAAAGUGCCCUGGCUGGGAGGAGGAGGCAGGCAGAAUCCCAGCCUCGGGAGGAAGCCCCAGCGCACAUUUCAGGCCGGCAGGGUGCCGCCCCCCCCACUCAGACAAGCCACAGGGAGGCAGCGGAGGGUGCUUGUGCGCCUGAAGCAGUGGGCGGUGCAGCAGCUCCAGCCCAGCCAAGCCUUGGCCAGGGCAGUGCGGGGGUCUCAGAGUUGGAGUCUGGAAACCAGAGGGGCUUUUCUGCCGCCAGUGGAGGGAGCCCCGCUCUGGCCCCAGCCAUGCCAUGUGGCCCCUCGCUCUUUCCGGAGAGCUGCUUCGCCCUGGCCGCUGAGGGGCACCAGGAGGGAGCUUUGCCCGGUGCAAGCAGUUCCUCCAGGAAGUGCUCUGCUCUCGGGCCAGCCAGGCUACAGCUGCUCCAGGCCUCUGGGCAUGGGCAAGGAGGGUUCGGAUUUCUAUUUUUCUCUUGACUUUGUACAGCUUUAUGGUAUGAACCUGGUCUUUCACAGAACCUUUUAGAUGCUGCUUAGCUGUUGUGGAUGAGUGUAUUAUGAAAAUGCUGUUGCAAAUUUUUAAUCCCAUUUAAUGUGCCACGGUUGCGGGAAGUGGUCAGUGUAGCCUUUAAUAAAGGAAUGUUAGCAGCA